AAUCCGGGCUCCUUCUUGCGUUCAGGGCCCCGCACGGUCCCGCCGCCGUCACCCCGUUUCCCAACCCUCUCGCUCGCUCUGCUCCGGCCACUCGGGCUCCGUGACAGUUUACGGAACCCGCACGCUCACGGAACCCGCACGCUCAUUGCUCCCCAAGCUCUUCACCCGUUCCCUCCGCCUGCGGUGCUUCCCCGGCCUCCCAGCCGGCAGGUCUCGGCUCAGGGUCACCGCCGCCGAGGCCUUCCCUGCCGCAUCUAGACGAGCGCUGCCUUUUCUGGGUUCUCUCUUAGGCUCUAACCUGUCUGCUUCCUCCUCGGCCCUUAUCACAAUUUGCAGUGUUGUUCGUUGCUUAGUGCCCGCCUCCUCCAGGGAGCGUGUCUGCCUUGUUCCCUGCUGCCUCCCCAGCCCCUAAGGCAGCGCCUCCCAGGAGGAGCACUCAAUAAAUACUUAUCCAAUAAUGGAACUGAUCAGCUUAAUGAGUCCUCGGUCACACAGCGAAGGGCUUUCCAGACAGGGCCACUGCUGACCCUCAGGUAUUUGAGACUGCCCUGGCUUAGGGAGAUAGACUUCUUCUUUAUGGCUCCAGGAGGCAAAAUUAGAACCAGCCGGGAGGAAGGAUGGAGGAGAGCAUCAGCUCAGUAUCCGAAUGAAAAUGGUAACAGAUGGGACUUACUGAAGCUGGAGAGGGGAUGCUGAUGGAGGCAGUGAGUUCCCCGCGCCCGGCGGUGUAGAAGGCUGUCUGAGAGGUUGUAAGGCGAUUCCUGCACUAGAUGGGAUGACAUGGUGGGCCUUUGGGAUACUGAACGUGCUGUGCUUCGGUUCUCUGCCCCGACCCCUGCUUCCUGGGACCAGGCCAGCCAUGUGACUGCCUCCCCCCACUGCGGGCAGCAGCAGAGCAGCUUCGGCAGAAGGAUCUGAGGAUUUCCCAGCUGCAAGCUGAUCUCCAUCGUCCAGCCCCUGCCCCUGCCCAGCCCCCUGAGCCUGAGGCCCUGCCUACUAUCUAUGUUGUUACCCCCACCUAUGCCAGGCUGGUGCAGAAGGCCGAGCUGGUGCGACUGUCCCAGACCCUGAGUCUGGUGCCCCGGCUGCACUGGCUGCUGGUGGAGGACGCGGAGGGCCCCACCCCGUUGGUCUCCAGGCUGCUGGCUGCCUCUGGCCUGCUCUUCACACACUUGGCGGUCCUCACUCCCAAGGCCCAGAGGCUCCGGGAGGGCGAGCCAGGCUGGGUUCGUCCCCGCGGUGUAGAGCAACGGAACAGGGCUCUGGACUGGCUCCGGAGUGGAGGGGGCGCUGUCGGGGGAGAGAAGGACCCUCCGCCCCCGGGGACCCGGGGAGUUGUGUACUUUGCUGAUGAUGACAACACCUACAGCCGGGAACUCUUUGAGGAGAUGCGCUGGACCCGCGGUGUCUCCGUGUGGCCUGUGGGGCUGGUGGGCGGCCUGCGGUUCGAGGGCCCGCGGGUACAGGACGGCCGGGUUGUGGGCUUCCACACGGCGUGGGAGCCCAACCGGCCGUUCCCAGUGGAUAUGGCGGGAUUCGCAGUGGCCCUGCCCUUGCUGUUGGCUAAGCCCAAUGCCCAGUUUGACGCAACCGCUCCCCGGGGCCACCUGGAGAGCAGUCUCCUGAGCCACCUGGUGGACCCCAAGGACCUGGAGCCACGGGCUGCCAACUGCACCCGGGUUCUGGUGUGGCACACGCGGACGGAGAAGCCCAAGAUGAAGCAGGAGGAGCAGCUACAGCGGCAGGGCCGAGGCUCAGACCCUGCCGUGGAGGUGUGAUGGACGCCCCACCCGACUGCUGUUUCGCCAGGCACAGACCUGCGGGGCCGGGCCCCUGGCUGCCAGGGUGCGGUUCUCCACGUCCUGACCCCUCAGAGCCAGGGGCGGCCCCUCUGCCAUUCCAGCCCAGCUGCUUCCCCCGCCCCCAGCCUGCCAUGUGGCACUGCCCACAAGCUGGGGACAAGCAGCCCUUGUAUUGAGCCGGGUCAGCCCUGUCUGGGGCGGAGCAGAAGGACAGACAGACUCAGGAGGGAGGGCAGCUGAGUAACUGGGUAACUUAUUGGGGCUGGGCAUGCACGGGGGGCGGGGGGGCUGGAGGAGCUGGGCUGGACCCUCCCCACCUGAGCAUGCUGACCCCUCCUACCUCCAGAAUAAAAAAAUCUCAACCUGGA